AUGCCUUCGCCCACUAUUUACAUCAAUAAAAGGGCCACGUCGUCGUCCAGCACCUCCCUGGCAUCGUCAUCGCUAAGUUGCAGCGGAAAAAACGCUGAUCCCUCUCGAUGCGAGAAGCCAGCGUCCAACAACGCGCUAGAAAUCGGGUUGGGUGUCGGUGUUCCUGUCGCUGUUAUCCUCUUGAUUUUGAGUGUUUUCAUCAUUCGGAAUUACCGUAAGGAGAAGAAGGAGGCCAUGGACCAUGACCCUGAUUUCGACGAGAACGGUGAUCCAACUGCUCUCCCUGACAUGCCAGCGUUCGCGGCUGAUUCAAACCCUUUUAGAGGCGGUCAGAAACAUUUCGCCGGCAAUGGUGGCUACCCUCUUAUGGAAAUGCUGAACAAGUCUUCCCAGGAUGUCGACUCCAUGGAUAAGCGAAGCGCUACGGCUGACCAGUUGAGAGAUGGCUUCGUGUUGCCAUACCACAACCAGACCGGUUCGAAGGCUUCUCUAGAUCAUUUUGCGCGUCAACUCGGUGACCACAAUAGCUUCAAUCACCACAGAAGAGUCUCUGAAUACUCAUCUUCGAGCGUUCACAACCAGCGCACAGCUAACUUUUCCGAGAGAUCGUCCCCUGUGAAAUCUAAUUUGAACACCUCGUCGUCACAUUUGACUUCUGUCAGCCCCGAUGGAAGCCCUCAAAAGAGGAGAUUAGAACCCUCCAGCAAUGUCGCAUACGCGUCUCAUCUCAACCAGUCUACUACUCUGAUCAAUUAUAACGAUUCCUCUGACCUGCGCGAACCGUUCUCCAUCAAAUAUGAGAAUGAGCCUGAACCUGAAACUGACUCAGUCAAUGCUGGCCCAGCUAAGAAGGGCGUGACUUCGACUAGAGCCUACUCGACCAAUACCAAUGUGGCUGAUUUAUCUUCGGAGAUUGUGAGCAUCCAUGAUUCAGAUGACGACUCUGAGGACGAUUUGUACAGACAAGCGCACUCUAGUCCUACAAGAAGUGUUCUUAGCAAGAGAACUAUGGACCAAUCAAAAAACGACACGAUUGAUGAUACUGAUAUGACUACGGCAAAUGUUCUGUCACCUUUUGAUGAGAAGUUCCACGACGCAGUUCCUAAAAACUUCUCCGAACUUCACGAAACGAAAGGAACUGAAGAUAGAGCAAAUUCUGAUGGAUAUAUAGAUGGAGUGCAGGAAUCUGACCAAUCAUUCAUCAAAAAAGAGGUUAAGGUUCCAAGGAUGUCUGCUUUCAAUAUGUUGCAAAAUGUAAGUGACGAUGAGGAUGACACUGCCCCAUCUCACAAAGAGGUCCAGAUGACCGAGGAGCAAGAAAUCGAAUUGGCGCGUAUGAAAUCAGUUUACAAAGUGUAUUUUGACAGGUCUAAUUCGGUGAAAUCCUCUGCUGACACUGCACCAAAUGGAACAUUCCAAGCAGACGCGUCCAGGCCGUUGCCCAACCUUGCUGCCGACCAAUUUAAGGUGAACUCGAGUCUUAGUAGUGAUACUGACUAUGAUAAAAGAAAGACCACUACUUCAUCCAUUUAUGAUAUUCCUUCGGAGUCGCAGUCACAGCCCCAACUGGCCAUGAAUUACCCAAACGAAUAUCACCAGGAACAAGGACAUCAUCCACAAAACUACUCCCAGCAAUAUCAGCAUCAAUACCCCGAGGACCAGGAGAACUAUUAUCAGAACUAUAAUGAUCAAUAUUAUGCCCAGCAAUACCUGCCCCAAGAUUCAAACUUCCAUCCUGGCUACCCACCCCAAGGAUAUGGAGCACAUCCUCAACAGCAAGUUUCGCCAAUGCAAGAAAGCCAAAACCAACGCUUCUACAAUACUUCAUCAUCUCGUUUACCAAAUGCAUCCGAGUUUAGAAAGCUGUCACUUCAAACAUUCACUAACUUCGAGCCUAAGCCUCGUGUCGCAUCAUCUCCAACUGUAAAGCAGCAGGAGUACUUUCAGAAUUCUGACACAUCCAACGGUAUACCCGUUCCAUAUUCUCUUCUGUCAGCAGCAAUGUUGACGACUGGCGCACCUAUCAGUCUGCAACGAAAGUACAAACCGGCAGGCUCAUUCCAGACUUAG